UCACCGAGCUGCCUAAAGGACUCUGAGAUGACAAUAGGGAGCAUGGAGAACGUGGAGGUCUUCACUUCGGAGGGCAAGGGCAGAGGUCUGAAGGCCACUAAGGAGUUCUGGGCUGCGGAUGUCAUCUUCGCUGAGCGGGCUUAUUCCGCAGUGGUUUUUGACAGCCUGGUUAACUUCGUGUGCCACACCUGCUUCAAGAGGCAGGAUGCGAAGCUCCAUCGCUGUGGACAGUGCAGGUUUGCCCACUACUGUGACCGCACCUGCCAGAAGGAUGCUUGGCUGAACCACAAGAAUGAGUGUUCGGCCAUCAAGAGAUAUGGGAAGGUGCCCAAUGAGAACAUCAGGCUGGCAGCCCGCAUCAUGUGGCGGGUGGAGAGAGAGGGCACCGGGCUCACCGAGGGCUGCCUGGUCGCUGUGGAUGGCCUGCAGAACCACGUGGAGCACUUUGGGGAGGAGGAGCAGAAGGAGCUGCGGGUGGACGUGGACACCUUCUUGCAGUACUGGCCGCCCCAGAGCCAGCAGUUCAGCAUGCAGUACAUUUCGCACAUCUUCGGCGUGAUUAGCUGCAAUGGCUUCACACUCAGUGACCAGAGGGGCCUGCAGGCGGUGGGCGUGGGUAUCUUCCCCAACCUGGGCCUGGUGAACCAUGACUGUUGGCCCAACUGCACCGUCAUAUUUAACAAUGGCAAUCAUGAGGCAGUGAAAUCCAUGUUUCACACCCAGAUGAGGAUUGAGCUCCGGGCCCUGGGCAAGAUCUCGGAAGGAGAGGAGCUGACAGUGUCCUAUAUCGACUUCCUUAACGUCAGCGAAGAGCGCAAGAAGCAGCUGAAGAAGCAGUACUACUUUGACUGCACCUGUGAGCAUUGCCAAAAAAAGCUGAAGGAUGACCUGUUUCUGGGGGUGAAAGAUGACCCAAAGCCGUCUCAGGAGGUGGUAAAGGAGAUGAUACAAUUCUCCAAGGAUACCCUGGAAAAAAUUGAUAAGGCUCGCUCUGAGGGUCUGUACCAUGAGGUUGUGAAAUUAUGCCGGGAGUGCCUGCAGAAGCAGGAGCCAGUGUUUGCCGACACCAACCUCUACACGCUGCGGAUGCUGAGCACUGUUUCCGAGGUCCUCUCCUACCUCCAGGCCUUCGAGGAGGCCUCCUUCUACGCCAGGAGGAUGGUGGAUGGCUAUAUGAAGCUCUACCACCCCAAUAAUGCCCAACUGGGGAUGGCUGUGAUGCGGGCAGGACUGACCAACUGGCAUGCUGGUAACAUCGAGGUGGGGCAUGGGAUGAUCUGCAAAGCCUACGCCAUUCUCCUGGUGACCCACGGACCUUCCCACCCAAUCACCAAGGACCUAGAGGCCAUGCGGGUGCAGACGGAGAUGGAGCUGCGCAUGUUCCGCCAGAAUGAGUUCAUGUACCACAAGAUGCGCGAGGCUGCGCUCAACAACCAGCCCAUGCAGGUCAUGGCCGAGCCGAGCAGUGAGCCAACCCCGGCUCUGUUCCAUAAGAAGCAAUGAGGCCCUAUCUGGUGGGGGCGGGCUCCAUGCCUGGGAACUGGGGAGACAUUCUGGAGGGAGUGGGUUUCUGGGAAGACCCUUGAUGAGGAUGUUCACUCUUGUUGCUGUGGGAAUGUACUGUCCUGUGUUCCUCAGGUCAGUUUGGUUCAUUAAACUUAGUUCAGUUCAGCUGAACCCUA